AUUGAGUCCCGCCCCGCACGGGGCUCGUGAGUGGAGGGAGGCGGAGCGGCGGGAGUCGCGGUGUGGGACGAUCGCCGGUCGGUCGGUCGGUCUGUGGCUGGAUGCAGGAUAAACCUCAACAAUGACAAACAAGACACUCAUUAUAUCUGCUCCUGGCAAGGUUAUUUUACAUGGAGAGCAUGCUGUGGUCCAUGGAAAGGUGGCUCUUGCAGUCAGCCUAAACUUAAAAACAUACCUCCGGAUGCAACCACGUGCUGAUCAGCAAGUACAAUUAUAUUUGCCAAAUAUUGGCACCCAUCUUAGCUGGAAAACCACGAACCUUCAGUUCCUGCUGAAAGCAAUUGACGCUGAUGCCCGGAAUCCAAAGGCUGCGAGCCAGGAGCUAGUGGAGCAACUGAGACGGAAAGCAGAAAUUCCAGAAGGCUAUACAGACAUGAUGAGCCUCAGUGUCCUCUGUUUCCUUUAUUUAUAUGGUGCUAUCUCCAGCAGCAAAAGUCAGUUGCCAAGUGUAGACAUUGUAGUUUGGUCUGAGCUUCCAAUAGGAGCUGGCCUGGGAUCCAGUGCUGCAUAUUGUGUGUGUCUUGCAGCUGCUCUUCUGACUGCCAGUGGGGCCAUAACUUGUCCAGAGCUGCAAGAGAAAGACAUUGCCAGAUGGAAUGAUGAUGAACUGGAACUGAUCAACAAAUGGGCUUUUCAGGGAGAGAAGCUGAUACAUGGGAACCCAUCUGGUGUGGAUAAUGCCGUAGGAACAUGGGGAGGAGUGUUGAGAUAUCAUGCAGGUAAAAUUAUCCCUUUAUCCAGAGUCCCCACUCUGCGGAUACUGCUUACUAAUACAAAGGUCUCAAGAAGUACUAAAGUAUUAGUAACUGGGGUGAAGGACAAACUUAAUAAGCUACCAAGCAUAAUAAAACCCGUGCUGGACUCAAUAGAUGCUAUUUCCUGCGAGUGUGAGCGUAUUCUGGCUGCUAUUGCAUCUGGCAGUGAUACAAGUGAACACUACACAACUCUGGAGGAACUUAUUGACAUUAACCAGCAUCACCUGAAUGUCAUUGGAGUGGGUCAUUCCUCAUUGGACAAAUUAUGUCAGGCAACAGCAGCAUAUGGGCUGCACAGCAAAUUGACUGGAGCAGGAGGUGGUGGAUGUGGCUUAACACUGCUUAGACCAGAUACAAGGCCUUCUGUGGUAGAAGCUUCUAAACGGGCUUUGAAAGACUUUGGGUUCGAUUGCUGGGAGACAAAUAUUGGUGGAUUCGGUGUGUCUUUGCAGUUGCCAUCCUCCCUGCGGAAGGACAUAUUUCAGAUUUUAUGUGACAUGAAGAAUUACCAAUAAGGAAUUUUGGAAGAGUAUUGUAAUUAUGCUAAUCAUUUGCACAUACCAUGUGUGUUUAACAGAUUCUGUCUGUGUGUAUUGGGCUUGAUCACCUCAUUUUCAAUCAUCUCAUUUUUAAUAUAAUUUCUGUUUUUUUCUCUAUACCACCUCCUCCUCUCCCACAUGGUUGCAUUAAAGCAGGGAUUUCCAACCUUUUUUAAUGCCAUGGACCCCUACCAUUAACCAAUGGGUCCGUGGACCUCAGGUUAAGAACACCUGCAUUAAAGGAGCAUUCAGCUCAUUUUAAAAAAAACACUACUACUUUGGUUUUUCAUUUUCACCUUUUAAAUGUGAUCGUCCGAAAGUAUUUUCAUUGGAAAGUGCUGUUUAUUUUCAGUUUGGUUCCUAAUUGAAGCUUAGUUCUUAUAUAAAUAAAUGCUUAAAGUGAAGGCAUUCAUCCAGCCAGGUUGGAGAAACUAUUCUUGCAGAAUAUAGCUGGAAGAAGGUUCACCAGUCAUGUUUUGAAAUACCAAAUUACUGGUUGUUAGUUUGUCUUGUUCUGUUAUAAACAAUACACUGUAUAAUUUUCUGAAGGACCGUAAUGAGAAUUUAGUGGAUAAAAAACAUUACAGGAAAUUCAUCAAUGUGUUACCUGGAUUAAUGAAUUUUAGUUAUGGGGAGACAUUGGAGAGGCUGUAUUUAUUUUCUAUUGGAGCAUAGGAGACUGAAGGGGACCUGACACAGGUAUCAUUUAUAAAAGGUGCAGAUGUCAAUCUUUUCCCAUAGUAGGAGUAUCAAAACAAAAAGGUAUAGGUUUAAGGUGAGAUGAAGGAGAUUUAAAAGGUAUUUGAGGGGGUUCUUAUUCAUCUCUGUAGUGAAUGGUUAAUAUCUUGAACUCACUAUCUAAAUGUCUCUUUAAAUGUAUAGUGAUUGUAUCUGACUCCACCUCAUCCUGAGGCAGAGAUAGAAACAAGAGCUAGAAGGAUUUAGACCAUGUUCUAGAUGGGCAGGAAGGUUUGCAUGAAUGUGAUGGGCUGAGGGGCCUUGUUAUAGUUUCAUGUACCUUUCUCUCAAAACCAAAGAAAAGACAUUAAUCAGGAUGUUAGAGUAGCCGGUGUCCAUGAAAUGUGGACUUAUUGAAAUCUAAUUAUUUGUUUGUUGUCUUGUUUGCCUCACAGGGAUAAGAAAUGUGCUGUGUGUGGUUUUGUAGUGUAUCAUCGUUGAAUCACUACUCAGCUUUAUUCCUCUUAUCCAGAAGAUGCUGCCUCACACUGUUCACAUUAAUUGCUAACAUUAUCAGUUAGGGUUGAUAUGGGCUGACGCUGUUGGAAGAGGAGCUCGGAUAUUUGUAAACAAGUUUCAGAAUUUGAAAUCUGGAUUUCUAUCUAUGCCAAUACAUUUUUUUCCUAGUUAGAAUCCUGAACAGUAUUUAUAAUUGGAAUUUUCUAUUUUUUUGUUUACUUUCGUGUUGCUAUGAUGUUAUAGGACUGCUGUUCAAAGUGUAUCAGCAUUAACAUAAGAUUUCAAGAUUGUCUGUCCAAAUGCAGAUAACUAGCUCUGUGCAAAUUACAAAUUAAAAUUAAAAGCAGAGGUACACGUUGGAUGUGUAAUGUGUAUUUACUAAAAGAUACUCUUCAUUUUAACCCUGAUACCUGUGAUGUGAAAAUAUAAACUACAAUGGACUAACUAAACAGCAGCUGUGAUUUGUAGAACAUUGCCUCAUUGAGCAUUUGUAGAUAUUUUACAGACAAAAAUGGAUAAAGAGGGCUUUUUUUAGGAUUUCUGUUUUCAAAAUAACAUGGAAUUCAGCUAUAUGGACACAAGUGUUUGUUUUAUUUGAGAUUGCUUUAGAGUAAUAAAUAUACACAUCUAGCGCACAUUUCAAGUUCAGGUUUACUGUUAUUCAAUGGUAUACAUGUAUACCACCAAACAAAACAAAGUUCCUCCAAACUAAGUUACACAACAGUGUCCAUAUAACUCUCACAGUGCACAAAGUAAUAUUACCACAAAUAAUGUGCAUUUAUGACACAAGUCCAAAAGUAAACUGGUACUUCAGUUGAUCAGACCUAGGAGCUGGCAAAGAGUUCAAUAGCCCCACAGAAUGGGGGAAGAAGUGUUUUCCAACAUAUCAGUCCUUGUCCUGAUGCUAAUGGUAUCUCCUGCCUGAUGUCAGGAGGUCAAAGAGUAUGUUGGACAGGUGAGAAGGAUCAUUGACAAUGCUAAGGGUCCUGCAAAAGCAGUGCUCCUGAUAAAUAUCUCGGAUGGGUGAAAGGGAGACCCAGAUGAUCCUCGGCAGUCCUUGCAAUCUUUCAUAGGGACUUGGGGUCAGAUAAUAAUAACUUUAUUUAUAAAGCAGUUUUCAUACAAACAAUGUAGCUCAAAGAGCUUUACAAUGGGAUGAAAGUGCAAACACAAAAAUUAAAAUAAGCAUGAAAAUUAAAGACAUAAAUGUGUUAGUUAAAAGCAAGUUUAAAUGAAUAAGUUUUGAGCAGGUGUUUAGAAAAGGGUCAACUGAGUCUGUAAUCUUUAUCGUUUUAGUCUUUAAAAUUCUGCAGUUUAGGAGCGUGGUUCAAAAAAAGCUGACCUGCCAAUUACCUUCUGAGGGAGAGUGUUUAAAUUUAGAACAGCAGAAGAUCUGAGAGCUCAAGCAGAAUUAUAAUGGUCCCAGACUAUUAAGAGCUGUAAAAACAAGGAAGAGGACUUUAAAAUUAUUUCUAAUUGAUCAACAUCCAAGAUGCUAAAAUGCCUUGAAGUUCUGUACCAGGUGGUGAUGCAGCUGGUCAGGGCACUCUCAAUGGUGCUUUCUUGGCUGAAGAGGUGGUGGUGAAGGACCAGGUGAGAUUAUCAGUUAUGUGCACUCCCAGUAAGUUGGAACUCCUAAUUCUCUCCAUGGACAUUUAUUAAGCUAAAGCAAUCAUAGUCAAAAAUGUAUUGAAUUAUUUGAUGGAUCCUUCACCCAGUGUUGGGAAAUUUGCAGUUUGUUACAUUUGUGCUCAGCCACAAUUUCUCUGCUUUUCACAUCUAAGCUAUUUCUCCUGGAGAGCUUUGGGACUAUGGUCUUGUAGUUAUAGACCGACUCAGCAGCUGCCCAGUACAAUAGUGUACCAUGCACUACCGUAGAACAAUGUCAAAUCUGAUUUAAGAACAUCUGUAAAACAAACUCACUUUGUAGUCCAAUGUAGAAAUUGUACAUUAGAGCUCA